AUUCGCCCUGAAAGCGAGCCCUACCUUUUUCUUGGAAUCCUCCCUGUCACCAAGAUGCAAGCUUUCCGUCCUCGUCUGUGACGACGGACUCCCACGGCAGGGAGAAAGAAGAAGAGGAAGAGGAAGAAGCAGGGGAAUAGAUCAGAUGGAGAGCAGCGAGGACGACGACGAUUUCCCCACGCAUGAGUGGAUCACUCCGCAGUCCAGCAUCAACUCCAUCUACCAAUCCCAUACCGAAAAGGGUAUCAGGAAAGUUUGUUCUGAGCUCCUGGAAUUGAAGGAUGCUGUUGAAAACCUAUCUGGGAACAUGCAGUCAAAGUAUCUAGCCUUCCUCAGAUUAUCCGAAGAGGUUAUUGAAAUGGAGCAGGAGUUGAUGGAACUACAAAAGCACGUUUCUGCUCAAGGAAUCCUUGUACAGGAUCUUAUGAGUGGUGUUUGUCGAGAAUUAGAAGUAUGGAACAAAUGUAAUGGUGAAGAACCUGAUUCUGAGGAAGAGCUUACUGAAAUCAAUCGGUUGCUGCAUAAUGAUCUGGAGGAUCCCAAGAUCAGCUUUCUGGAUACCAUAGAUGUCCUUUUGGCAGAGCAUAAAGUAGAAGAAGCACUGUUAGCUAUAAUAACAGAGGAAAGUAACUCACCAGAGCUGCAUGACUUGGAGGGGAAUCCAUCUGCUGAUGGCUCCUCAUAUAGGUUAGCAUUUCUUAAAAAGAAGGAAAUGCUUGUUGAUCAAAUCGUACGGAUUGCUGAGCAACCAUAUAUAUGCACUGCUGAACUGAGGAAAGCUGUGUCUGGCUUAGCUAAACUAGGGAAAAGUUCUCUGGCACUUAAAUUAAUGCUGAAUGCAUAUGAUUCCCGUCUUCAGAAAAACAUUGAGGCUUUUCUUCCGUCAUGUUCCAUUUACUCAGAGACAUACACUGCAAUUCUUUCUCAGCUUGUUUUCUCAACAAUAUCAGUGGCAACAAAAGAAUCCACCUUAAUAGUUGGAGACAUGUCUACCUAUAUGAACCGAAUUGUGCAAUGGGCUGAGGAUGAAAUAGAGUCUUUUGUCCAUUUGGUGAAAGAAAACUCCCCGUCACCUGAAACUGCUGCUGCCCUUCGUUCUGCCAGUGUUUGUAGUCAAGCUAGUCUUAGUCACUGUUCACUUCUGGAGUCACAAGGAUUAAAAUUCUCGAAGUUGAUUAUGGUACUCUUGCAUCCUUAUAUAGAUGAGGUUCUUGAUAUGAAUUUUAGGCGAGCCAGAAGAAGGAUUAUUGACUUGACAAGGAAUGAGAAUGUUGCACUUAUGUCUUCUCAGUUAGAUUCACUACUUUCUGUCACUACACCAUCAAAUAUCAUAUUUUCAAGCAUUGGGAAGAAGUUCAUGUCUAUAGUAGAAGAUAUAUUGGAUAAACUGACACCAAUGGUGGUAUUGCAUUUUGGAAGGACUAUUUUAAACAAGCUCCUCCAACUUUUUGAUAAGUACGUAGAAUUGUUAAUCAAGGCUCUACCUGGUCCUUCUGAAGAUGAUAACCUCAUUGAACAGAGAGAAUCUGAAGAUUAUAGGGCUGAAACUGAUGCUGAACAGCUUGGUCUUUUAGGUACUGCAUAUACAGUUGCUCUUGAACUUCUACCGAUGGCUGUAUCAAAAAUAAUUACCCCGCAAAUUGAAAACAAAGAAGUGGGUGGUGGAUCUUCUGAAAGCAUAUCUAUUGUUGCUGUUAGUUCUGUGGAAUACAAAGAUUGGAGGCGACAAUUGCAACAUUCAUUGGAAAAGCUUAGGGACCAUUUCUGUAGACAGUAUGUCUUGACCUUCAUUUACUCGCGGGAAGGAAAAGCAAGAUUAGAUGCUCGGAUGUAUUUGGAAGGAAAAGGAGAUGACCUUUUCUGGGACUCGGACCCACUACCAUCGUUGCCAUUUCAGGCAUUGUUUGCAAGGUUGCAACAAUUAGCUAGUGUGGCAGGGGAUGUCCUCCUGGGGAAGGAAAAGAUACAAAAGAUUUUACUUUCACGGCUAACAGAGACCGUAGUUAUGUGGCUUUCGGAAGAGCAAGAAUUCUGGGAUGUAUUUAAAGAUGAUUCUGCUCAACUUCAGCCACUUGGAUUGCAGCAGUUAAUACUUGAUAUGCACUUCAUAGUUGAAAUUGCGGUUUGUGGGGGAUACUCAUCCAGAAACGUCCAUCAGCUUGUCUCAGCUGUUAUAACACGAGCAAUCGGAGCUUUCUCUGCUAAAGGCAUAGAUCCACAAAGUGCACUUCCUGAGGAUGAGUGGUUUGUCGAUGCUGCUAAGACGGCAAUAAGCAAGCUUAUGCUGGGAACGUCAGAAUCCGAAAUGUCUGAACCUGACGAGCACAUGGUUGUUAAUAGUGAGAUCUCUGAUUCUGAUGAAAGCCUUUCGAGUCCAUCUAUCAUCGAGUCCGUAGAUUCUUUUGCUUCAGCAAACAUGGGUGAGACUGACAGUCCCGUAUACUUCACUGAUCCAGAAGCUUGAAGAAGACGGUAAUGUGAUUCUCGUUACUAAAUUGACCACAAUUAUUAAGUCUUAUCCCAUUUAAUUUGUUGACUAAGUCUUGUUGUCUUAAAAUUAAAUUGUUGUUGAUUGUGCUCACCAAAUUUUCUGCUAUUGAAGGGGAGGAUUGUCCACUUGUAGAA